GGUCACUCUUACUUCCAGUAGUAACUAAUAAACCUAGAAAGCGUAAGCAUGGUUAUAUAUUUUACUUACAGGCUGCUGUUUGCAUACAUUGCUUUGCCUGGAAUGUUACUUGGGGAUUUGGCUUUCCGAUGUCCAAGUUGUACCUCUGAGCGUCUGGCUGCGUGUCCUACAGCAGUAUGUCCAGAAAUAGUGAGGGAACCAGGCUGUGGUUGUUGUCCAGUGUGUGCCAGGCAGGAGGGGGAGCUUUGCGGGGUCUACACACCAAGGUGCUCCAGAGGCCUGAGGUGCUACCCAAGCACAGAGGCUGAAUUACCUUUGCAACAGCUCAUCCAGGGUUUGGGACGAUGUGGACAAAAAGUGGAUUUAGAUGUCACAACAAGUCUGGACCACCAGGCUACAAAUGAGGUGCAUGGGACUGAGAGUCCGCAAACCACAAGAGUCCAGAAAAGACCUCCCAGUGACGCUCUGUUUUGGCAGUUGGAGACCGCCAGGCAACAAUACCAGAUCGGGGUCAAAAGCAGGAUGAAGCAGAAUCAACUAGAGGAGCCUCAAAUCCCGAAAGACCCUCAGAGUGCCUGUGAGCAGGAGCUGGAUAAGGUCUUAGAAGAGAUCUCCAAAAUGACCUCUGAUGAUAACAGAGGCCCACUGGAGAACCUGUACGAGCUCAAAUUUCCAAACUGUGACAAACAUGGACUGUACAACCUGAAACAGUGCAACAUGUCCACCCAUGGCCAGCGGGGUGAGUGUUGGUGCGUUAACCCCGUAACUGGGGUCCAGAUUCCAGCAACACCUAAAGUGAGGGGGGAUCCCAACUGUAACCAGUUCCAGGAGGAGCUCAGAACGAUGCCUACUGCAACAGCAUCUUACUAGCACAGUCCAGUACAUCUUAAGGAGUCCACCAACGUGUAAAGAAACCCUUAUAUUUGAAGGCUUUGUCUUGUUUUAAUUUAGGUUAGGGUUAAUAUAAGCUAAAGGAUAAAGUUUGUAUUUUGUUUUUCCUCUUGUUAACAAAUCCCAUGUAAAGACCAAAAGCAACAAUGUGUUAGUCUGUCUGUCGAUGCUUUCUGUCUUCCCAAGUCUCUUUAUUCAAACUAGAAAUAUAUUCUCACGACUCGAUUAUUGCAGUGCCUUCCUGACGGGCCUCCAAGCCUACACAGUGAAACCCUCUUAGAUGAUCCAGAAUGUGGUGGCACAUCUGGUUUUUAAUCAACCCAAAAGGGCACAUGUAGCAACACACAUUAAAUUCAAAUCACUAAUGCUUGCCUACAAAGUAGUCUCCGGUUCUGCAUCCACCUACUUGAAUGCCUUUUUUCAGGCAUACGUUACCUCCCAACCAUUGCGCUCCUCCAAUAAUGCCUGGCUGUGCCACCCGUACGCUCUGGGCAUUCCAACUUUUCUCAUCUGUUGUUCCCGGUUGGUGAAACAUCCUAGCAGUUCCUACCAGAGCAGGCUGUCCCUCUCUACCUUAAAAAAAACUCUUGAAGUUCCAGCUCUUCAGAGAGUACCUCCUAUCUUAGCACUAUCAACAACUGGACAUGCUAAAUCUAUCCUCCUCCAGAGGUGUUACUUGAUUCUAUGUGAGUAGUGCUUAUUUCGGCAGUAACAUGUCCUUUUCGCACUUUGAUGGUUUUAUCACAUUGGUUAAAAGUGUUAGCUGAAUGACUAAAUGUCAUGUAAUCUUUAAAAAAUCUUUCUUUCUUUUUUUCCUUUUUUUUCUAAAACUUCUAAAACAGAAACAUCUGGACAAAUUGAGACAAAAGCAAUUCACUUUUUGGGGACUAUUUUUAGCUGUGGAUUAAUACACGUGGUGUGCUUGUAUGUGGGACUGACUCAAACCACGGUGCUUAUUCUCACUGUCACAAAGAAACAAUGUGCAGUGAUAAAGGAACAUGUAAUAGCAGGCUUUGCCUACACUGACAACACUUGUUGCUUAUGGUCAUUUCAUGGGGCUCUAAGGUGUAAUAAUUGACCUGGUGGCAGCAGAACAAGAUGUAAACUGAACAUUUGACAUAUUAUUACCUUAUGGCUAAUGUGUCAGCAAUCAACUGGCCAUUCCAGCCGACACAGAACAAAAUUAGCAUUCAUUUGGAGUUGUGUUUUUGACCCUCUGAUAAAAAGCAAGUCCAGUAUUUACCCUCGUUUUAUCUUCGUUGCUAACCUUGUUUGCCGUUUGGCACUGAGCUGUCAGCUUUAUCCGAUCUAUUUGACUGCCUACAGCAGCUGGACGUGAGGUUAAUGUGUGAAAACAAUGAAUGUAGUUUGUAAUAUUAUAUUAACAUAUGAAUACAUCAAUUUCAUGCAUAAUUUUAUGCAAUUUCACUAUGAACUUGAAUGAUGUACUAUCACAGAACUUAUACUAUAAAUGUUCUUGAGUUGAGAUGAAAGACUUAAAGGUGCUUCUUCAGAUCCUUUUACAUUAGACAUGUACGCACAUCCAAUGUUAGUGCCAACACGUUGUGUAAACUUGUUUUCGUGAGUAAAUACUUGAAAGCAGGUAAUUAAAAGUGCUAUUACUGUCAUACUUUUCACUGAUUAAAUUGUGUAGGAAUUUCCUGUCGAUACACCAUCCUUGCUUCCUACAUUGUCAGCUGUAAAUUAAUUAAAUUCUAUUUUGCUCUGACAUUCACCCG